AGGGAUGUAUUGAAACAGACUCCUGCUACUUACAGCACCGUGUAGCAGCCCAGCUCCUACAUUUUGCUGCCUACUCUGCCCUGAAUGCACCGGAGAGGGGAUGGUCCGUCAUUAAUUAUAAACUGAUUCUCAUCAGGAAACUGCACAUUAUCUCACCAUCACUUCAAAGGUCUCGUCAGGCAGAGGUGACGGCAGGAGAUGAUUUAAAGGUGAAAAUGACAAGGUUUCCAGCCUUCAAACCUUGGCUCCUCUUUUGACAAUACAGUCUGAAUGAACCCGAUGUCUCCUUUAUUGUGGAAAUAGCAUCAGAAGAGAAGAAACAUUCUUUAAAAAAUCCUGAUAAAGAAGACUAUUGGAAGCUCUCUUUAAAAAUAUCUUGAAUCGUGGCACAGAUGGGUUUUAGAAAGUGGUAGAGCUUUCCAAUGAACACUAACAGAGAGCUCUGCUCCUGGCUGGAUUUCUCAGAGCAUGGCGGUGGUCUCGGCGAUGUCCUGGGCCCUGUACCUGUGGAUAAGUGCCUGUGCCAUGCUGCUCUGCCACGGAGCCCUCCAGCACACCUUCCAGCAGCCCCACCUGCACAGACCAGAAGGAGGGACAUGUGAAGUGAUAGCCGCGCACAGAUGCUGUAACAAGAACCGCAUCGAGGAGCGGUCGCAGACGGUGAAGUGCUCCUGUCUACCUGGGAAAGUGGCCGGAACCACCAGGAACCGGCCUUCCUGUGUGGACGCCUCCAUAGUGAUUGGGAAGUGGUGGUGUGAGAUGGAGCCUUGUCUUGAGGGAGAAGAGUGUAAGACGCUCCCUGACAAUUCCGGAUGGAUGUGCGCUACAGGCAAUAAGAUUAAGACCACAAGAAUUCACCCAAGAACCUAACAGAAGCAUUGAUUAUAGUAAUAAAGGAAACCAACUCUGUGGAAAAUACCUUUUAAGAAUUUAAAACAUCUAGCACAUUACAAGCCAAAUGGAUUUCUUACUUGCACUUUGACUGGUUACCAGAUAAUCACACUGCUUUUACUGUGUGUCAUGAAGUAUCCUAUACUGGGAAGACCUGGAGAUUUGGCCAACACCAUGCAAAGUGGGUUCCAGAAAAAAAAAAAGGGGGGGUUUUCUCAAUGAAAAUUAUGGGGAUUAUGAAGAAUGAGCAACUGUCUUCUAAUAUGGAUCUAUAGUUACUUUGUACCAUUUGAAAUAUAUGUAUAUAUAAUAUUUUGAAAUAUUAUAUAUUCUCUUCAAGAAAUGAACAGUGCCACAGUUUGAGACGGCUGGUGUAUCACUUUGAGUUUUAGAUGCUUUGCUUUGUUGCUUUUUGUUGUCAUUUCUUUCUCUACUGG